UCGGAAUAUAAUUAUGAGAAGGCUCUAGGACUAAAAUUUGAAGCUAGAUUUUAUGUCAUAAGUACCUCUAAGCCCCUGAAAUUUUUAAUUCUCGUUUUAGUUUGGGUAUAUAUGAUAUAUAUCUUUUAUAUAUAAAUUAAUUGAAAAAAAAAUGCAAUAGCUAUUAGCAAGAAUGACAUAAGUAAUCUGUGAACUUUUCAGCAUAAAUAAGAUAUACUCAGAAUUCGUGACAAAAUGGGUGAAAUUAUUGAAAUUUCUACAAUACGAAACCACCAAAGGAGAUUCUAUAAGUUUACCAGUAAAUCUGUGAUAUUUUCUGUUAAAGGAAAUUCAGGAUAUGCUAUGGUUGGGUUAGCCGAUGAAAUUGGAUUCUUCAAUAUAGACCAUUGGGUUUUUAUAGACAAAGAAGGUAAGACUGGAGUUAAUGAAUUCAAUCAAGUAAUUAUUGAAACACCAACACCUGGAAUUUUGGAAGAGGAUAAAUUUCAUAAGUUUUGCCUUACUUGGUAUGGUAGUAAAAUUGAAUUGAGCAAAUUUGGGGAAUCAGAAUUAAUAUUUACCAAAGAAAUUACAAAACAUAAUUUAAAGUAUGUCACAUUUUUUGGUUGUAACCAGAAAAAUACCUUACAAUGGAAGUUACUGUUACCACCUAGAAUUGAGAGACCUGUUUUAAAACCAAUUAUAGGUGGUAAGCCAUAUUGGGUGCCAUAUAAUGGUAAACUGCCAUAUGGUGCAGUAAUAGGUGGAUAUGAAAAUGAAUUUCUUUAUAUAAUGAGAGCACCACAUGUGGAUUCAUUAACUCCUGGAAAGUUUGUACCAUCUAUGAAAUGUGGAUUUAUAGGAUGGGAAGGACAUUCACAAUUAAAAACAGUGUUUGAGAUUCUCUGUGGUCAUGAUUGUGUCUGGGUACCAACAAAAAAAUCAGUUAUACCAACUGGAGCCUUUGCUGCAGGAUUCACAGCUUAUGAGCAAGAAACAAUGUAUAUUGGUCGUGUCAAAUAUAACGGUCAUAUAAUACCAGUUAGAUGUUCGAGCCUAUGCUUAAACCACAUGAGAGGUGUUUCCAUGCCCGACGGUGAGGUGAUGCUAGAGCGUGCCAAGAAUUAGGAAACGAGAAAAUCGAAGCAUUGGUAAAUUCUUAUUAGUUUAAUUCAAUAACAAUUCAUUUGCUCACUAGUAGGGGAUCCGCUACUAUUAGAGAGCGGGGAUUUCGGGAUUUACUACAGCGAUAUACACCGGGAUACCUUGUACCCGGCUUAGUACCUCUACCAAACAUGAGCCCCAUAUCAACUCAAAAUAUUACUAAUUUAUAAACUACAAUUUAUGAUCGCGGCGUACGGCUAUUUAUGUUAAAGCAAAGCUUUUUUACCAUUGCACAGCUAAUAAUUCUAAUGCACAUUAUACCUAUUAACUCUUUUUUUGAAGUAUAGUUUCUAUUUGUAUA